GGAAUAAAGCAGUCGGUACAAGGCGCAGUUGAGGAGAGCAAGAGCCACAGUAUACAGAGCAGCAUAUAAGACGAUGACGAGAGACACGCAGUGAAGGUGAACGGAAGAAUAAAACACGAGGGAUUGUGAACAAGCAGAAAAAAACGGUGCAUGACGAGGGAACUGGAUUCACAGCAAGGCAGCUGAGUCCGGCUCAUUAUGAAAAGGAUCCGUUGCAGACUGCAGGCAGGGUUGUGUGAAUGGAAGAGACACUAGAUCUGUAGAUAGCGGAGACAGAAGUGCAGGGGAUGGUUGGGUUGCAUGAGCUCUGUUGUUGGCAUCACUGCUGCUGUCCUACACCGCUACACUCGAAACCCUUUCAACACCCUCAGAUAUGAGCUCCAAACACUCAUCGGACUGGAUCCCUUACAGUACCUUGGAUGAUGAGGGGACGACCCUGCGACAACAGAAGCUGGACAGACAGCGAGCUUUACUGGAACAGAAGCAGAAAAAGAAACGUCAGGAGCCCCUGAUGGUGCAGUCUAAUCUGGACGGGCGGUCGCGGGUGCGCAGGACCCGGCAGUCGGAGGAACAGGCUCCCCUCGUGGAGAGCUACCUCAGCGGCAACAGCAGCACCAUCUACCACGUACAAGAAGCGGAACAGGAAGAAGUUAAAGCCAUAGCAGAGGUUCAGGCCCCUCGCUCGGCUAAAAAAACCAAGCCGCCUACCUCCACUCCUCAGACUGGCAGUGCCAAGAAGGAGAAAAAGGGCAAGCACAAAGGAAUUGAUGGGCCCGCUGCCUUCCAGGAUGAGGGUCAGGAGCUGGGCAACCAGAUUCAGAUCCUGACAGUGGGCCACUCACCUGCCCAGGAGAGCGAGGCAGAGGGCCAGGGUGAGGCAGUGGGCAACACACAGUCACAGGGCAAACAGGACCUACGGGUCACCAUGCUGAAGAAAGGAAUCUCCAGUAGCAUGAACUUCGAUGAAGAGGAGGAUGAAGAUGAUUUGGUCAGCUCAAGUUCAUCUCAGCUCAACAGCAACACAAGACCUGGCUCUGCCACCAGCAAAAAGUCCAGCAAGGAGGCAACCUCAGCUUCCACCCCAUUGGCCAAUGAGCCAUCCAUCGACGUGGAUGACCUGGAGGAGUUCAUUCUCAGACCCGCCCCCCAAGGGGUGACUGUGAAAUGCAGGAUCACACGAGAUAAGAAGGGCAUGGACAGGGGCAUGUACCCCACAUACUACCUCCAUCUGGAGAGGGAAGACGGCAAGAAGGUUUUCCUUUUAGCCGGGAGGAAGAGAAAGAAGAGCAAAACAUCCAAUUACCUCAUCUCCAUCGACCCAACUGACCUAUCACGAGGUGGCGAGAGCUUUAUUGGCAAACUGAGAUCAAACCUUAUGGGUACCAAGUUUACAGUAUAUGACAGCGGUUUGAACCCAGUCAAGACCACCUCCAGCCUAGAAGCAGGGAAUCUACGACAGGAGCUUGCAGCGAUCUGCUAUGAAACUAAUGUUUUAGGGUUCAAGGGGCCUCGAAAGAUGAGUGUCAUUAUUCCUGGAAUGAACAUGGACCAUGAAAGAGUCUCCAUCAGGCCUCGAAAUGACCAUGAGUCUCUACUGGCUCGAUGGCAGAACAAAAGCACUGAGAGUGUGAUAGAGCUCCACAACAAGACGCCUGUGUGGAACGAUGAUACUCAAUCAUAUGUGCUCAACUUCCAUGGCAGAGUCACACAAGCAUCUGUCAAAAACUUUCAGAUCAUUCAUGACAAUGACCCGGAUUACAUUGUGAUGCAGUUUGGUCGCGUAGCAGAGGAUGUCUUCACAAUGGAUUACAACUACCCCAUGUGUGCCCUGCAGGCAUUUGCUAUUGCUCUGUCCAGCUUUGACAGCAAGCUAGCCUGUGAGUAGCCGUGUCUCUCUGCCAGCCACAACCACGAAAGAACCCAGCCAGACUGCUUUACAAGCUGAAUCACUGAGUCAAGGGCUGCGGUGAACUCCACGGCAGCAGAGUCCCUCUCAAGAUCCUCCUUUGAAGGCAUGAAUGUGUAUAGAGUUUGUGUCUUUGUGUGAAUGUGUGUGAACAAGGUGUGUGUGUGUGUGUGUGUGUG